AUGGCCCGUCUCAACACAAAUGCACCGACCGCUCGCAGCGCCCCCCGACCGCACAAAGCUAUGGCAAAUGAACAGCUGGGAUCUGAUCUCCUGGCAAACGGAAAUACCCCAGCACUGUCGCGCAAGGAUAGCGCCACUCGCACCAAAGGUUCCUCACGGAGUUCCAAGAUCGGACCGGGUUUACCCUUCGACAUUUUCCCAGACGACGACGACCAAAUACGAGGCGAUAAGACAUCGAGCCAGAGUCCAUAUACCCCAUCAGGAUCUCCAACAAAGCAGAAGAAGAAGCGAACGUUGAAAACUUCACAAGUCAACUCCCUCCUGCUCCCACUGCAGCAAAGACCACGCCAAAGGCCAAAUGUGAAAGUGGAACAAGAUGACUACGACAAGGAAAAUGAUAUAACGGGAGACGCAACGGAGCCAUAUACACCUGAAAGAAGUCCCGUUCCGUAUCGAUCACCAACAAUAGUACGAAACACAACACGCACUCCCGCGAGAAAUCGAGAACUCAAUAGGUCUUUGAGCCACAGAGAACAUAUAAACAAAGAUGAAGACAGCUGUGGGGACAAUGGCUUUGAAUCACUGGAUGAAUUUGUAGUCAGUGACAAUGAUGAAAUCAGCUACCAUGAGACAUCCGACCCUGAAACAGAGGAGGAAAAAGCCCCAACUCCAGCCGCGCCACCAAAGUCUGCGCGGAAGAAACUCAUGAGAGGAAGAAGACCAAACUCCGAAGCAGAAGUGGAAUCUGCGAAGAAUCCAGAACCUCAAUCUGAACUCAACCUAAAACCAAAAGAUCCGGGGACAACAAAAUCGCCAACAAAGUCUAGACACAACACUCAGAAACUGUCUCAAGGCGACUUUGAUCUAUCAACGCAUUUUAAAACACUUGAACUUGAUGAUGACAAUGGACCUGCCUCUCAACUAGAGACAGAUCUGACACAAGUGAAGAAGAACACCCACACACCACCAUCUACACCAUCACGAAACCGUCUGCGCACCCCCACGAACCAGAAAACGCGCAUCCCACCAACCCCGCACAGGGAGAGCGUCGAUGCCUUUUGGAGCCAAGAGGAGACCGUCGCAUGGAUCGAUCAGCAUUCACCAGAGAAGCCUCUAGGGCGAACAGUGAUAGAGCUGCUUCAGGAUUUCGAUGAUUCCGAAACCGAUGACACUGGCCGUGACUCUACUUCCAGCGUUGAGCCAAGAUCCACACCGGCAGUGAAGCAAAAGCAGCCCAAGACCCCUAGCAAGACAGCCCUUAAAAAGGAACAGGCAGAGAAGAACAGAGCUGUGAAGGCUCGUCGUUUGUCAUUCAACAACAAAAAGGAUGACUUCGCACAGACUUUCCUGACUGCGCUCGACAAUGCAGUUGCGGAGGGCAAGGUCUGCCAGAUGGCCAUGGGGGAGCGAAUUCGCGACAAGGACGGCCAUGUCAGCUACAAACAUCAUGCCUCUAUCGAGCUAGCCGAGCGCAUCAUCGACGACGAAUAUCGCCUGAUCAAUACCCUUGCCCACGAAUACUGUCACCUUGCCAAUUACAUGAUCUCCAAUAUCCGCGACCAACCCCACGGCGCAAGCUUCAAGCAAUGGGGACUCAAAUGCAAAGAAGCCUUGAGAGAUCACCCCGUCUACGGCGGAAGGAUCAAUGUUACAACAAAACAUUCUUAUAAGAUCGACUACAAGUAUGUUUGGGCCUGCGUGGGAUGUCACCAGACAUAUGGUCGCCAUUCGAAAAGUAUCGACCCCAAUCGAAGCCGCUGUGGCAGUCCGAGCUGCAGCGGUCGACUGGAACAGAUCAAACCGAAGCCUCGGAAUGUAUCGCCGAAGAAGAACGCUGUUACGCCGGCGACACAACGAAAUGUUAUGGACAAUGUUGCCAAGGAGCUUGGGGGAUUUACCUUGUAA